CAACUGAUAUUUUUCAGUAGCCCUUAAUCAUUCCUAAGUUAACCUAUCAUCAAGAUGAAGGCUUUCUUUUUCCUCUUUCUUCUUGGAGUUAUUGCAUUCGAGUUUACUGGAGCCGUGUCUGAAGUAAAAUGUCGUGACUCUAACGAAGUAUAUAGAAUAUGUGGCACAGCCUGCCCUGACACUUGCGAAAAUUACCAAAAGGUUGUGAAACCCUGCACUUCACAAUGUGUUAAGGGUUGUUUUUGUAAAUACGGAUACGUUAGAGCUCCGGACGGUUUGUGUGUCCUGCCUGAAGAAUGUGACAUGUAAAAACAAAAUUUUUGAUGUAAUAAAAUAUUAUUAAAUUAAAA